AUGAAGUUAUUUACUAUCAUUACUGCUUUAUCAGCAUCAAUUGCAUCAGUUGUAGGUUAUGAAACUACUGGCAAACAAACUGUUGAUAUUUUAAUUGAUUAUAACAUUAAAGAAACUCCUGAAAUAACUCAAAAAGAUGUUGCUAAUUGGGUCAAUGGUGAUGAUAUUACAAUUCAAUAUACUGUAAAUAAUAAUGAACAAGAAGAAAUUACUGUGAUUGGAGUUACUGGAUCUUUUACUAAUCCUGUUACAAAUCAAGUUGUUACAAAUUUGACUCAAGGUAGAAUUGGACCAAUUCCAAUUGCUCCAGGUGGAUCAGAAAUUUUUGAACAAAAAAUUUCAGUUGAUUUAAUUCCAAACAAUUAUGAAUUAAUUCCUCAAGUAUUUAUUGUUCAUGAAGAAUUGAUUAAAGUUUUACCAUGUCGUGGUCAAUUAGCUUCAAUUAUUGAUAAAUCAAUUUCAUUUUUUGAUCCAAGAUUAAUCUUCUUAGAAAUUGUUUUAUUAGCUUCUUUAUUUGGUUUAAUUUAUUUAGCUUAUGAAAUUUGGGGUAAAAAUUAUUUAAAAGGUACUGCUCCUGUAAAAGUUGUUAAAGUUAAAAAAACUGGUGUUUCAACUGAUCCAGCUGUUUCAACAACUACUGGUGCUACAAAUACAACUUAUGAUGUUAAUUGGAUUCCAGAAGGUCAUAUCAAACAAAAGAAAACUAAAAAAGUAGCUUAA